UUAUGCAUGUUGAUGUCAUAUCAAACCACAACACACAGGAGACGCGAGGUGACAAACGAACAGGGUUGAGAAGUCAAAAAAGGGGAAGCGAGUUCAUGUAAGAGUGAUGCGAACACAUGAAUCGAGAGCAAAUGUUACGCAGCAACACCAGGCACACCUGACUUUUUAUGUGGUAAGAAGCAGUUCUUCAUGGCGUGCUGCUACUUAAAGGACUUUGCUAUUCUUCUUAUCCACCUGUGGCUCUCAUCCCCAGUCACCAGUGACACAAACGAAGGGAAACCCGUCUGUAUCCCAUCUAUCAUGGUGACCCGGAACACAGUGUGGAUAGUUCGUCCAAUGCACCCCCUGAAGAUUAACUGUACUAUUGAGACUGAAUCACACUGCUGGACGAAUGUUACUGUCUUAUGGUGCCAAGUUCAACAUGAUAGUCAAUGCAAACCUCUGACUCACACUAAUUUCAUCUCAACCGAGUGGAUAAAUGUUACUGAGAGUAAAAGAUUGUUGUUCUUGGUAUUUCGUAAUGUAUCCAUGCAGGAUGAUGGCCUUUACAGAUGUGAGUUAAAAUCACCUAUAACAACUGUGAGCCAUUCUGUCAAUGUCACUGUGACAGAUUAUGUUCCGGACGAUAAAACUAUCAACACAGUUAUUAGCAGGGAAAACAACACAAUAAACAGUACAAAUGUUGGUGGUGAUCAUAACUCCUGGCCGGAGUUCAAUGUAUACAUUUACAGUGGGAUAGGAGUGCUGCUUCUCAUAGUUGUUGUGGUGUGUGUAAUCGUUAUCCUGUGUCGAGGAAAGAAAAAAUCACUUGCAGAAAAAAUACAUGAGAAUCAGCCAAUAGCAGCUCCAGUGGCUGAUUUUCCUCUACCCACAUAUAAGUCCAGAGAGUCUCCACAUAUCAAAGCCCGAACCCUUCCGAGCCAACCACCACCUGUCUAUGACAUCCCACCAGUCAGAGUAGGGUCUCUAAGGGAUCACUCAUCAGCGGGAAGACAUCCUGUCAAUCGCGGACCACCAAGACAAUGUCGUGACCGAGGUGCUGUAGAAGAGAUAGAAGAAGAGAAUCCUUUGAUAUAUGCUUCCCUAAAUCACAAUACUAUGCCUCAGAGACCUCAGCGAAUUGCUCAUUUACAAAUCGAGGCAUCAGAAUAUGCUGCCAUUAAAGUCACAUAACUCUAAGUCCUAAUGCCACAGAGAACUGACCAGAGGCAGUUUUUACUUUUGAAUACUUCCCUAACUGUUCUAGUUUAAAUUAAAGAUUUUCCUGCAGGCCUACUGGUUGACUGCACGGACAUCAUAGGCCUAUUUAAUGACUACAUUUUGUUUGUGCAUAAUACUCCCACAUCAGCUGUAUUGCUUGUGACAGUGUGAAAUGAAGGCAAUGAGAGUUUUUAGUGAUGGCUAACCAAUAUUCCUAAAGCCUGGAACUGGGAUCCAUGCUAACUAAACUCUGGAUCCAAACCAAACAAAAAUGUGAUCGAUACUAACCAAAUCCAUACCCAGUCUAAGGUCUAUGAGAAGACCAAGAUUCAUACCAAGGACAUAAAAGGACCUGAGCCUAUGCCUACUGAGAUCAAGACAAGGCCAAAACACACACCAAAAAAUAGCAAGUAAAGAAACAAACCACUACCAAGAAAAGACACAAGCCAGUACCAGCUGAGACUAAGAAAAGUCUCAGGACACUUCCAACCAAGACCAAGAAAAGACACACCCAAGCACCAUCUGAAACCAAGAAUAGACACACCCCAGCAACAUCUAAAUCCAAGAAAAGGCUUAAGCCACUGCCAUCUGAGACCAAGACCCAUACCAACCAAAAUCCAAAGCAAAGCUGAUUUAUCAUUUUUGUAAAGGGGAUUAGACAAGAAUCAGGAUACGAGAAAGAUCUUCAGACCAGCAUUAUAAUUGGAUAACCUUGGUUGUCAUUGAGCACAUAGAAACAAAAAAAUGGACUUCUAAAUAUAUUGAACUUAAAUCUCUCUGUACCAGGAAAUCUGAAUGCUGUGUGAAAUAGAUGAUAUAUUUUUUUUUACAAUAGAACACAGAAAACAUAUCAAAUAUUUGGAAGUGAGGAAAUGUAAUAUCUUAAGGAAAAAAAAAGGUAAAUUUGAAUUUGAUGGUUUCAACACGACUCAAAAAAAGUUUGGACAGGGCCAUAUUUACCACUGUGUCACAUCACAACUUCUAUACAUAUCAUACUUUUCUAGCAUGUUACAAUGUUGAGUAUAAUUAAUAUUUAUUAAUGAUCUAAUCAUGACUUAAUAAAGUACUAUAUAUGAUUAUAUAUGUAAUAGCUUGCAUGUUUUUUCUAAUAUUGAUAUUGUUGUUUUUAAUAUAACCAAUUCCAUUUGGCAUGAAUCUUAAUUCCUAACUAAUAUUUUUGUUCAUGAGGAAUGGAACUGUCUAAUAUAAUAAUAAUAAAUGUUUGUCCUCUGAA